GACAGGGUGUUUGAGUCAUGUUAUUCAUAUUCGCGCCUUAUACAGUUGUAGCCGGUCCGAGGGCGUCACGGUAACACGUUAACAGCUUGUCACACUGCUUGGACACGGAAGAGCUCAGAACGCCGGACCGAAGGAAUAUUACACAGUCACCCAGUAAAUCAAAUGUCAAGCUGCAGAUGCACAACAGUUUAACAAUGAGUCUAUUUUGCAACCGCAAACAAGUAACUGUGUAAUCGAUAAGUUCAAAAAUGAAAGAUAGUGACAUCAGUGUGAUACAUAAGGGUCGAUUUUGUCUCAUACAGCUUAUACGCGGGGAUGCUUUGGGGUGUCCCAAAAUUGUAAAAUGGAUUCCUUGCGAGGAGCCAAGUAAAUGCUACCCACCAGCACGCACCGAGCAACAUUCGAGCUUGUCGGCUGGAACGUCGUCGCAACUUCCUCAGAACAAGUUACCAACCGAAUGCCGCAUAAAUCAAAAACUUCAGCAUGAGAACAUAGUCAAGUUUAUAGGACUACUGAGGGACGUAAAUGCAAUCGGAAUAGUCAUGGAAUACUUGGAAAGAGGAUCACUGGCCUCAGCACCAAUUACGAUGACAUUCGCACACGACCAAAUAUGGGCAUAUCUUGAAGGCAUGAUGAGCGGUCUCAGUUACAUGCAUAAUAACAACAUAGUCCACAGAGACAUCAAUCCAAACAAUUUGCUUCUUACGGACGACGACCAAAUCAAGAUUUCAGACUUUGGACUCAGUGAGGAAGUCCAGGAAGACACCGAGUUGACUGGAACGAUCGGGACACCGCAAUACCUAGCGCCAGAAUGUGUGCAGGAGCCGUCAAAACCGUACAAAGGAAAGCCGGUAGACGUGUGGGCAUCUGGAAUGACGCUCUACUGGAUGAUAUAUAGGCAGGUGACAAUUUGUAAAGUGUAACCUUCACAGGGAAAAUUACUACGAAGAUGAAGACAAAUACUGCAUUUUUCAACAAAUUCAAACACAGCCGGUGCAGCUAAACAAACAGAUGAUUGGCGAACGGUUCUAUUGCAUACUAAAGCGACUGCUGAAAUCAAACCCAAUAGAUCGGCCGUCGGCGAUACAAAUGAAGCAGGACAUACAAAAUGGCCAUCCAGUAGCUAAUGAAUGAGAAUAAACAAAGUACAACGGGAGAAUAUUCAUUUUCGUUAAUUACAGAACAUGAUGGUCUGCGUGCUUGUGCACGGGUUCCGCCGAUUUGAAAUGUCAGCGAAACGGGGAAUGCUUAUCGAUACAAAGUAGGGUCGGUCAUCCUAUGCAUCCGAUGGUGAAUGAGUGGCGGGUGGAAACAUGAGGCAGAAAAUGCACAGUCCGAUUGUUGUCGUGUAUCAAAAGGAAACGUGGAGGACUAAGUUGAUGUUUUGACCUUCAUUUCCUGCUGCGCCUGUUUCUGCUCUGCUUGCAACCGCUUGUUUUGAAAACGCUGUACAAUUCGUUCUAAC